CGUCGGUGCAGGUGUGACAGCACUCGUCGUCGUAUCCACCCAGGAACCACUGCACAGUACUUAAGAAUGCCUCACUCGCCUGACGAGCCCCCACUAUUUCUGUCCUCUUUACUUCACGACCUGCACACGACCAACCUCUGAAUACCCCACUCAAUCACCAUGUCCAACUCUACCAAGGCAGGAUCCACCACUAUCGGUGCGCAGGCACCCAACAAGUGCGUUCGCUUCUUCAAGACAUAUGUGUAUGCUGUCGUGUGUCCAGAUACUGAUUGCGGUUGCGUGCAGCACUGAUGCCCACUGGGAGACCAGCGCUGCGUGGCAGCAGGCCGAGAUGUCGACCAAGGAACUCUCUGACGAGGUCGGCAAGAACGCCGGCCAGGUUCAGACCGCCGCACGGCAAGCUGCCUCUGAGGCCCAACAAAUCGAGCCUCAGGUCAUCUCUGCAGUGAACGAGCUCGAGGCUCAACGCUCUCUGAGCGAGGCGACGACUCAGGCGGCUAACCAGGGCCAGUUCGACGUCCAGGCGGCGAAGAACAUGGCUGGAACCACCGCCGCUACUGCUGUUGAACAGGCAAAGAACCUCGCCAACGGCGCGUAUGCGACUGCUCAGUCGCUCUUCAACAGCCAAGCACAGGAAGGCUCGACGACGCGAAACCUGUCCUCCACCGUGCAGUCAACUGCGCAGACUGCGUUCGAGACGGGCAAGGACUACCUUGCCUCAGCGCAGACCGCUGCUCAGCCACACAUCGAGCAGGCGAAGACGUAUGUCGCCGGCACCACUGGUACCAGUGGUUCUGCGACUGGCAAGCCAGAUGGCGUACCCUCUAGCACAGCACCCCUCGAGUCCGGUCCUCACGUCGUCGGCAACCCAUACCCCGCAACCAGUGGAGCCCAGACGACGAAGGUCGGAGAGCUCUGAGCUGAUGUAGAGACAUUACCUCGAAGCAAGAGACAUUACCUCGAAGCAAGCUGUAUUAUAUCAUGUAGAGAGUCGCGUGGUAGCCUAGUUGUCAUCUAUGUAAUGAUACACUGACCGAUGUAUACUAAGUUAUGUGUUAAACAAGAAUAUUGCGAGUCA